AUGGAUCUUUCAAACCAUACAAGAAUGAAUGAAUUUAUUAUCAGAGGGUUCCCCAGCCUGCAAAAUAUAAGAGUAAUAGUGUUUGUACUGGUCUUUAUAAUGUACACAUUAUCACUGAUAGGGAAUCUGGUCAUACUUUUCAUCAUCAAAUAUGAACCAGCUCUCCAUACACCCAUGUACUUCUUUCUGGGCAAUUUUUCCUUUUUGGAGAUCUGUUUUACCUCAGUCACAGUCCCGACAAUGCUGAUGGACCUCUUGAAGGAAAAGAACACAGUAUCCUUCAACAACUGCCUUGCCCAGAUAUAUUUUUUUCAUGGUCUUGGUGGCGUUGAGUGCCUACUUUUAGCUGCUAUGGCAUUUGAUAGGUAUGUGGCAAUACGAUCUCCUCUGAGAUACAACACCAUUAUGAAUAGUACUGUUUAUAUUCAACUUGCUACUUGGUCUUGGAUGAUUGGAUUAGUCCUGCCGUUAAUACCAGUGAUCCUUAUCUCUCAGCUAAACUACUGUAGCAGCAACGUGGUGGAUCACUUCUUUUGUGACAUCUUGCCUUUGUUGAGGCUAGUCUGUAAUAGGACCCAGUUGAAUGAGAUGCUGAGUUUUUUCAUAUGUUCAUUUAUCCUUGUUGGCUCUUUCACAAUAACUACAGUUUCUUAUGUGGCCAUUAUCAUUACUGUUUUAAGAAUACCUUCUUCAGUUGGACGCAAAAAGGCCUUCUCCACUUUUACCUCCCACUUGACAGUAGUUGGUAUCUUCUAUGGGACAAUGAUGUUCAUAUAUGUCAGGCCCACCCGAAAUCUUUCCUUCAACAUGGACCAGUUAGUGGCUGUGUUCUACUGCUUAGUUACCCCAGUCUUAAAUCCAAUCAUAUACAGCCUCAGGAACAAGGAGGUGAGAACAGCCCUUAAGAAAUUUCUCUUGACAAAGAUGCUGAACAGGACUUCUAUGGAAGGCUAA